AUGGAUGUGAAGGAGGCAUUUCGUCGAACGAUUGAUACGGUCAAGCUCUGGAGUUUGAACAAACUGCAAAAGGGCUCUGUUUUCUUCAGGAACAAUUCUCCAAUUCAUUUCAGAAACGGGACGUGGGAUGAGGGAGGGACAUGCUCGAGCUACACAGAGCCGGAAAGGAAUUCCUCCGAGCUCGGGCCGGCCGAGACAUGGAACAACUGGAUCAUCGCUGACGCGGUGGAAGGGAUGAAGAGUGGCGGGAAGAAAGCGCGGCUUCUGAACAUUACGGGUCUUACGGAGUUCAGAAGAGAUGGCCAUCCGUCGAAGCACCGGGAACCGGGGACGCCGGCGGAUGCUCCUCAGGACUGCAGCCACUGGUGCCUGCCCGGAGUUCCUGAUACGUGGAAUCAGCUGCUCUAUGCUCAUCUUCUUUCCAUGGAUUAUGACACCAGCAAAAAUGUUUGA